AUGUCAUCUAGUAGUCUGCAGCAGCUCCAAGCCCAACAACUAAGAGCUGUCAGUCUCGACCACUCGCAGCACGGUCUGGACUCGCCCGGCGCUCAAUCUCAUAUAACCACUUCCUCGGUCUCCCACCACGCCUUUUCCUCCGGGACUCCCAAUGACGGCAUGCGCUCCAACAGCGCCGCCCAGAGUCUCGUCGACGCUCCUCACUUUGCCGACGACUUUUCCUUCCCGCCUCCCGAACUCCACGACCAGAAUGCAAUGAUGUUCCUCGGCGAGCCGGACCACCCUUCCGACAUGUUUUCGACCUCGCACCGUCCCUCGGUCUCCUCCUUGGGUGGCCGCCAGGACUCCAUAACCGUCAUGCCCGCCCCCUUCGCGGGCGCAAUGGACCAGCGACGCCAUAGCAUAAUUGCCUCGGACGACGGUAGCCAAGACAGCGGUCAUGCCGAGCACAAUCCCCUCGAGGAUGCCGGCGCCGACGAGUUUGGCUUAGCCACCCAGAUCGCCGGCAACGGCUCCGACGUGGGAGGAAAGGCCAACAAGGACGACAAGACGGACCACACGCCUGCAUGGAGUGAGCUGAAGACCAAGGCUGGCAAGGAACGAAAGCGGCUUCCGUUGGCAUGUAUCGCAUGCCGCCGCAAGAAGAUCCGAUGCUCGGGUGAAAAGCCAGCAUGCAAGCACUGCCUGCGUUCCCGGAUCCCCUGCGUGUACAAGGUCACAACGAGGAAGGCCGCGCCCAGGACCGACUACAUGGCCAUGUUGGACAAGCGUCUCAAGCGUAUGGAGGAGCGUAUCAUCAAGAUCGUCCCUAAGAACGAACACGACUCGAACGCUGCCUCGCUGACCCGCGCCGUUGUCAAGCCGGCAAUUCCGGGCACCCUCCCCGCGGCCAAGGCCGGCCCCAAGAAGCGAGUCGCCGACGAAGCCUUUGGCCAGGACCUCGACCACUGGGCCAAAGCCCCGGCCAAGACCAUGCUCGACACAUCCAACAAGCCCACAUCACUCCAGGCGCAGGAAGCGGAGGACAACAAGCUGUUUCUCGAGGGACUCGAUGCACUGCCGUCCAAAGAGAUCCAGGAACAUUUAGCCGAGGUCUUUUUCGAAAACAUCUACGGCCAAGCCUACCACUUGCUUCACAAACCGAGUUAUAUGAGAAAGCUCAGAGCUGGCACACUGCCACCCGUUCUCAUCUUGUCUGUUUGCGCCGUUGCCGCCCGCUUCUCCAGCCAUCCCAAGCUCAUCACCUCGUCACCCAAUUUCCUACGCGGCGAAGAGUGGGCAUCACAUGCCAGAGACAUUUGCACCAGGCGAUACGAGUGGCCCAACAUCACGAUACUGACAUGUCUCUUGAUUCUUGGCCUGCACGAGUUUGGUACCUGCCACGGAGGGCGGAGUUGGGCCCUGGCGGGGCAGGCAAUCCGCAUGGCGUUCGCCCUGCAACUCCACAAGGACCUGGACCACGAUCCCCUCAACCGUAACGGGCCCUCGCAGCUGAGCUUCAUCGACCGGGAAAUCCGACGACGGACGAUGUGGGCCUGCUUUCUCAUGGACCGGUUCAACUCCUCGGGCACCGAACGGCCAACAUUCGUGAGGGAGGAGACCAUCGAGAUACCGCUACCAAUCAAGGAGAAGUAUUUCCAACUGGACAUGCCGGCGCCGACGGAAACCCUCAAGGGCAAAGUCCCCCAUCCGGUGUCGGUAGACGAAGGCCAAAUGGCCGAUGCCAAAGACAACAUGGGCGUUGCCGCCCACAUGAUCAAGACCAUCGCCCUCUGGGGCAAGAUCAUCAACUACCUGAACCAAGGAGGAAAGGAGCUCGACCCCCAUCCCAUCUGGAGUCCGGAUUCCGAGUACACCACGCUGCUUCAAGAGGCGGAAAAGCUGCUGGACGAACUCCCCGAGUGCCUGCAAUACUCGUCCGAGAACCUGGCACUCCAUGACACGGAAAAGAUGGCCAACCAGUUUCUCUUCCUCCACAUCGCGACACAGCAAAACAUCUUAUUCCUCAACCGUGUCGCCGUGGCGACACCAAACAGCCCCGCGGCCCAAGGGGUUCCCAGGGACUUUGUCGCCAAGGCCGGCGACAAGACGUUCGCGGCGGCUAACCGCAUCUCCGAGAUCCUCAAAGAUGCCGAGUCGCACAUGGUCACUGCCCCCUUUGUUGGAUACUGCGCGUUCUCUUCAGGAACCAUCCACAUCCUCGGCAUCUUUUCCGGCAAUCCUGCCGUGGAGGCGGCCUCGAAGAGAAACCUGGCAACCAACGUCAAGUUCCUCUCCAAGAUGAAGAGGUACUGGGGCAUGUUCCACUACAUGACGGAAAACCUUCGUGACCAAUACCGGACAUACGCCGAUGCCGCCAGACAGGGAUCCGCGACCAAGGAGGCCUCGACGGCCUCUCCCAUUUUCCAGUACGGCGACUGGUUCGACCGAUACCCCCACGGCGUUUCGCAAUCCGACUUCACGGACCCGGCUACGCUGAAGAAGAAGGAGAAGGGCGACGACGCCGUCCUGGAGCAGAAGCCCGAGCUGCACACCGUCGAGGAGUACUUUACCAACCUGUCGCCGCCUCGCGGCACAGAAAGCCACCCUUCGAGGCCGAACCCGUCCAAGCGCAAGGCCUUUGCCGGAAAGAAGCUGAGCACCGCCGGUAUGAGACCGGACGGAGGCCACGCGGAACCGUCCUCCACCACCGAGAACAUCGCCGUCACGGCGCAAGAGCAGCUGAGCGCCCGCAUGCAGCACCAGAGAGGCAUGCAAGGCUCCCUCGGCGGCCAGACCAGCGGCCCAACCAGCUUCAACCCCCUCACCGCGUCUCACCCACAGGGAUCCAACUACCACGCCCUCUCGCCCAUCAGUCCCAUCACCGUCAGCCAGUUCGGACACCACCACCCGGACACGUCGGCCUUCUACACCCCCGACAUGCUCAACAUGUCGCUGAACCAGCAGAACGGGAUUUUGCAGCCCCUCGACCGGCAGCUAGUUUUCGGCGGCUAUUCGAUGGAGCAGGGGAACAUGAGUCAUUUCGACGGCAUCGACUGGGACGGCAUGCCCUCGAGUGCCCACGGCGCUCACAGCCUACCGGGGGCGCGUUCGCGUUCCCACCGCGGCGGCAGCCUCAAUGGCAUGGGCGGGCCCGGCCACGGGCACCCAGACAACAACGGCGGCAGCAGCAGCAUGUCAGGGUUUGGAGGCCAAGAGGCGUCGACUGCGUGGUUCAUGCCCUUCAACAUGGAGCCGCCCGAGAUCGGCCAAGACAUAGGUAUGGGCCUGGACGGGUUCGGCAACAUGUUUGGCAACGGCUUGCACCACGGAGCGCGUUGA